AUGAUGUUUGUGUUUGGUAAACGCGCGAAACAGCUGAGAUUGAACAAAGUCUCCGAGUUGAUUCAUAAAUCCACCAAUUUUAGAAACUUGGAAUACGCGCGCGUCGAAGUGCACUUUCACGAAAUUGUAGAUUCGGACACAGAUCCAGAAGGGUUCACCUCUGUACCGAAUUCUGAGUUUACCAUUGCCAGAGAGGCGUACAUUAACAACACUUCGAAAUAUUUCGUGAACAAGAAAACUUCCAACUUUACCGAGGUGACAAACUUGUUGAAAGGUAAAGGGGUGGACUUGAACAACAACCGGUUUUUGAUUUUGCAAGGCGAAGUCGAGCAAAUUUCAAUGAUGAAGCCGAAAGGAGUGAAUCCUGGAGACGAAGGGUUGUUAGAAUAUAUGGAAGAUAUCAUUGGAACGAACCAGUACGUGGAACCGAUCGAAGAGGCGGGUAAGAAGCUCGAAGAGUUGAACGAGAAGAGAGGGGGAAUGGUCUCGCGAUUGACGCUCGUCGAGAAGGAGAAGGACGCGUUGGAAAUCGUGAAGAACGAAGCUGAGUUAUUUUUGCAAAAAGAGAAAGAUUUGUUGCAAGCAAAGUCGAUUUCUUUACAGUUGGAAGUCAUGGAAACUCGAAAAGUGAUGGCAGAAAUGUCCGAGAACCGCGUCGGUUUGCAAACCAAUCUCGAGGAAGAGAAGUCCAAGCAAAGCGAACACAAAGAGUCGCUGAAAGGUAUCGAAGCGAAAUUUAAAGCUCAAGCGACGGAGAUGAAUGAAAUUCAGCAAAAUCUCGACAAUUCCACGAAAGAGUUCGCCGAGUUUGAAAAGAAAGACGUAAAGUUUCGCGAAGAUUUGAAGCACAUGAAGCAGCAAGUGAAGAAACUCGACGAGAAGUUGGCCAAGGAAAUCGCGCAAAAGGAAAAAAUCGUCGUUGAGUGCGAGAAUAUCGAAAAAGACGUUCCGGCGUUGGAAACGAGAAAAGCUGAUCUCGAGGCGAAAGUUCAAGGCGAAGAAAGCAAACUCGACGAAAUGUUGGACGGGUUGAAAGGCGAAAUGGCGGAAAUUGGCGCGAAGAUCGAUGGCGUCGAAAAAGAACUGCAGCCGUGGGAAGGUAAAAUCGCCGACGCUAGAGGCGAAUUCGACGUUGCCAACGCAGAGCGAAAGUUGGUGCUCGAAAAACAUGCCGAAGUCGAGAAGAACUUAAAGGCUGCCAUUGAUGGUAAAGCUUCCGCGGAAGUGAAGGUGAAAUCGUUGACGAAACAGAUUGCGGAUGAUGAAGCGCAACUCGCGAUUGAGCUCGAGAAGGUGGAAAAAGCGAGAAAGGCUGAAACUGCGGCGAAGGCGAAAGAAGCCGGUUUGCUCGAAAUUACGAGAGAUGCAAGAGGUAAACUUGAACAACGAAAGACGACCGCUUCGCAGGAAAGUCAAAAAGGUGCCAUCGUGCAGGCGUUGUUGGAUGCCCAAAGCGCCGGCGGCGUUAAAGGUGUCAUUGGUCGUCUCGGAGAUUUGGGUGCGAUUGAUAAGAAGUACGACGUCGCAGUAUCGACCGCGGUUGGUGCUUUGGACUACGUUGUCGUUGAAACAACCGCGGACGCGCAGAACUGCGUGCAGUAUUUGCGAAGAAACAACUUGGGUGUCGCGACUUUUUUGAUUUUGGAGAAACAAGCGCACUUGGCGCAAAAGUUAAAGGAAAAUCAAAAUAACAUUCCAGAAAAUGCGCCAAGAUUGAUUGAUUUAAUUAAGCCAGCGCAAGAACGAUUAUUACCGGCGUUUUACUUUGCCGUUCGUGAAACUGCUGUUGCUGAAGAUUUGGAUCAAGCGGGCAGAAUUGCAUACGGGGCCAAACGCCAUCGCGUGGUGACGUUGAAAGGCCAAGUCAUCGAGACCUCAGGUACGAUGUCCGGUGGUGGUUCGAAACCAAUCUCUGGACGCAUGCGCGUCGGUAAAGAGAAACCAGUUGUCGUUGACGAAAAAGCAGCGGCGAGAGAAGUUGCGGAGUCUGAGAAAGAGUUACAAAAAGCUACGGCAGAUUUGGAAAGAGCAAAAAAAGCCGCGUUUGAGGCAUUGAGAGAAGCGAGAGACGCAGAAGCGAAAUGUGCGCAAUACGAACGAUCGUUACCGAAGUUGAAAGCCGAAUUGGAAGCUGCUGAAGGAAAGAUUGUCGACUUAGACGGUCGAUUAGAUGAACUCAAAGCUGCGCACGAGGCGUCCAAGAACGAUGCGUCCGAGUUGCGAGAGCUCGAUGAAAAGGUUGCGCAAGCCGACGCCGCGUUGAAAUCCGUCCUCGACGGCGCUUCGAAGCUUAAAGCCGAACUUAAGAAGUGGCAAGAUGCCUUGGAAAACGUUGGUGGUGAAGAGUUGCGAAGACAAAAGUCUAUCGUCAAGGAAGUCCGCUUCGGUAUCGAGAUGGCCUCUAAGAAGGUGACCGAAAAGAGAGCCGCAGCAAAGUCGCACGAGAAAACGAUGGAGCGAUUGACGAAAUCCGUAUGCGAAGCAGAAACGGAGAGAGAGAAGAUUAAGAGCGAAAUGGAUACUAUUAAAGAAGAGUUCAAAGGUUUGGAAGAAGGCGCGAUGAAGGUUUUGGAGUCUCAGAGCCAGUUGAAGGCUCUCGCGGAAACCAAGGCCGGCGAGUGCGCUGCGUCGCAAGCCGAGCUCGAAGAAAUCAUGAAGAUUGUUAACGAGUUGAGAUCUGUUGAAGUUGACCUUCAAGGCAAGAUUGAUGAUAUUGAUAACAAGUUAAGAGAACACGGCAAGGUGGAAAAAGGUUGCUUGAAGGAGAUGGAAAAGUUGCAAAACGAGAGAAAUACCCUCUCGCCGGGUGUUGAUGAGAGCGAGAUUCUCUUGAACGUCUCGGACGAACAACUCAGUGACAUCAAUGCAGAAAGUAACGACGAAACGAUCAACGCCAUCGAAACUGAGUUAAAAGAAAUGAAACCUGACAUGACUUCUAUCGAGCAGUUCGCCGCGAAGUUGGCUGAGUACGAAGAGAGAGUUGGAGAUUUGAAAACCGUCACGGAGGAGCGAGACACGUUCCGACAGACGUUUGAUGAGCUGCGUAAGAAGAGAUUAGAAGAGUUCAUGGCCGGAUUCUCUAUAAUUUCCAUCAAAUUAAAAGAAAUGUACCAGAUGAUUACUUUAGGUGGUGAUGCAGAGCUCGAGUUGGUCGAUUCGCUCGAUCCGUUCUCUGAAGGUAUCGUCUUUUCCGUUCGUCCGCCGAAGAAGAGUUGGAAGAAUAUUGCAAACUUAUCUGGCGGAGAGAAGACGCUCUCAUCUCUCGCGCUAGUGUUUGCGUUACAUCACUAUAAGCCCACACCUUUGUACGUUAUGGAUGAGAUUGAUGCAGCCCUGGACUUUAAGAAUGUUUCCAUCGUUGGGCACUACAUCAAGGAGAGAACAAAAGAUGCUCAGUUCAUCAUUAUUUCGUUACGGAACAACAUGUUCGAGCUUGCAGAUCGUCUGGUUGGUAUUUACAAAACUGAGAAUCACACUAAGACAGUCGCUAUCAAUCCUGGAGCAUUUACGGUGGGUUCAAAGGAGCAAGCCAAUGACGCUGCGCCGAAGGCAGUCUUGGGCUCGAAUGCGGCCACCGCGAAAUAA